AUGGGGUUGUCUCUCUGCGAGUCAAUCCUUCGUGAAGGAGGCUCGUGGGACGACCUAGGACAGUGUUGUCCAAACUGGGCAAUAAUGGAUAGAUGGCUAAAACGUGACAGUUGCUGCAGCCGCAGUGGUGACGCAGAUGAAGGAAAUCAAACAGGUGCAAAGAAAAAGAAGACAGAUCUUUCUAAAAAACGGCAGUUCAAGGAAGAUUAUGUGCUUUUGGGAUUUACUGCUACGAAUUCUGAUCCUCCAGAAGCUUUGUGCUUCUUUUGUGGGGAGAGGCUGGCCAGAAAACAAAACACCAGUGUCAUGUUGGGCUCCCAAAAAGUACUUCAGAAACCCACCACAACUUUAGAGAAGGCUCUGAAAGCAUCUUUAGCUGUAUCUCUAUUAAUUGCUAAAGCCAAAAAGCCAUUCAAUAUUGCUGAAGAACUUAUUUGGCCAGCUGCAGGUAUGAUGGCUGAAAUAAUGCUGGAUAAAAAGACAGCUGACCAACUAAAAGGAGUUCCUUUAUCACACCAAACUGUCUCUCGCAGGGUAAGUGAAAUGAGUGCCGAUAUUCAGGAUCAAGUUGUGAAUAAACUGAAGGCAAGCCAGUCAUUUUCUCUCCAAGUUGACGAAUCAACUGACAUCAGUGGGCAAGCUCAACUUGUCUCAUUUGUGAGAUAUAUUGAUGAAGAUGAUAUCAAGGAACACAUAUUAUUUUGUAAAAAAUUUGAAGAGCACACAACAGGGGAAGCUAUUUUCAAUGUCAUUAAUCAGUUCUUCACUGAACAAGGGCUUAGCUGGAAAUCUUGCAUGAGUAUGUGUACAGAUGCCGCCGCAUCAAUGACUGGCAAGGUGAAGGGACUGGUGGCAAGGAUUAAAAAGGAAAAUCCUGAUGUGGAAUGGACUCAUUGCAUCAUUCACAGAGAAUCUUUAGCAUCAAAUAAAAUGAGUUCACAGUUGCACGAGAUUCUGAAUGACGCCGUCAAAGUAAUCAACAUUAUCAAGUCAAGGCCACUUGAUACUCGUCUGUUUCACAGACUGUGUGAAAGCAUGGGGUCAGAGCACACAGAGUUAUUACUACACGAAGAUGUGCGCUGGCUGUCGCGUGGGAGGAUACCCGCCAGAUUGUUUGAGUUGCGAGAUGAGGUAGCUUCAUUCUUAUCAGAACAUGGGUCUCCUUUUGCCACAUUUUUUGAAAACACUACUUGGGUUGCACAACUGGCAUAUCUUACAGACAUAUUCAGCAAACUGAAUGAGUUAAAUAUGUCUCUGCAAGGUAAGGACACAAACAUUCUCAACCUGUAUGACAAAGUUGCUGGUUUUCAAAAGAAAUUAGGGCUGUGGAAGGAGACAUGCUCAGGGGGAUAUUUUACAUGCUUUCCUCUGUCAGAUGCCUACUUUUCCGAUAACAAUUAUGAGAAAGACACUGUGAAACCAGUCAUUGUGGAGCAUUUGACCAACCUUAUCAGUGCUUUUAAGUCUUACUUUCCUGGCAUACAUGAACAAUCAGUACAGCUGGACUGGAUUAGAAAUCCAUUCCUCUUAUCUGAACAAGAAAAGACGCUUCCUAUUUGCCUUCAGGAAACACUGAUAGAAGUGCGUGUGGACUGUGGCCUAAAACUGUUAUUUGAGAGAUCAAAUGUCACUCGCUUCUGGAGCUCUGUGAAGAAGGAGCACCCAGACUUAGGAAAAAUGGCCUUAGAAAAACUUCCCUUUGGAUCUACUUACCUUAGUGAGGUGUCUUUCUCCGCAAUGAGUGUUAUCAAAUCAAAACAGAGAAACAAAUUAAAUGUCAACCUGGAACAAAGCCUGAUCACUGCAGAGAUCGUGGCUUCGGCACCUCGACCAGAUCUGUCGCGAGGAGUUGGAGAUGGGCCGAAGACCUGCCUGGAGACUUGCACUGAGGGAGCCUCGUGGCUGGAAGCGAAGGGCGGAUGCGGCCAUGCGCUCCCGUCGGUGUUAGCCCCUUGA